AUGAGCUUAGAUCGCCAAGAUGCUGUGCAGAAAAAGAGUUGGAAGGUGCAGCAAAACCUACCUUACCGAACCUUUCCAAGUUUCCCUCUAGUUCAAAUCCAGUCAAGUGAACAGCCCCCUUCAGUUUGGGUUCGUACUAAAAAGAGUCUCGCCGAACCAGUGGUGGCUGCAUUUAUGGCUGGUGGAGUGGCUGGCGCAGUUUCCCGAACAAUAGUGUCACCACUCGAACGAUUAAAAAUUCUUCUCCAAAUUCAAAGUGUCGGUCGAACGGAAUACAGAUUAUCAAUCUGGAAAGCCUUGGUGAAGAUGGGGCGGGAAGAAGGCUGGCGGGGCUUCAUGCGAGGAAAUGGAACAAACUGUGUUCGCAUUAUUCCCUACUCUGCGGUACAGUUUGGAAGCUAUAAUUUCUACAAGCAAUUUGUAGAGUCGCCCGAUGGUGAGAUGACCCCGAUGCGUCGCCUUAUCUGUGGAGGUGUUGCCGGCAUCACCUCGGUAACCAUCACCUAUCCUUUGGACAUUGUUCGAACCCGACUUUCCAUUCAGUCUGCUUCAUUUGCCGAUCUUGGAACCAGAGAUCCUGGCCAAAAAUUGCCAGGCAUGUUCGCCACAAUGGUCAUGAUCUAUAAAAAUGAGGGUGGGACAAAGGCUUUAUAUCGUGGAAUUACUCCGACAGUUGCCGGAGUAGCCCCAUAUGUGGGACUUAAUUUCAUGACUUACGAAUCGGUGCGCAAGUAUCUGACACCGGAAGGCGACAAAAACCCUAGCUCCUAUCGAAAAUUGCUGGCUGGCGCGAUAUCUGGAGCAGUUGCCCAGACCUGUACCUAUCCUUUUGAUGUGCUACGUCGGCGAUUCCAGAUCAACACAAUGUCGGGAAUGGGCUACCAAUACACCUCAAUAUGGGAUGCUGUGAAGGUCAUUGUGACUGAAGAGGGACUACGUGGACUCUUCAAGGGGAUAGGGCCGAAUCUUUUGAAAGUUGCUCCUAGUAUGGCCAGCAGCUGGUUGAGCUUUGAACUGACUCGUGAUUUCUUUCCGAAAGUCAAGGAUCAAAAACCUCCUGCACUUUCCAUACGGGUGCGACAGCAAGCUAUUUCCCGGGAAGUCGAUCAAUACACAGCCAUGGGUAUCGACCUGGACCGCCACCAUGUGCGGAGCAGCCACCGCAAGGCUCCCAAGAGCGACAACGUCUACUUGAAGGUUCUGGUGAAGCUCUACCGCUUCUUGGCUCGCCGCACCGAGUCCAACUUCAACAAGGCCGUCCUCCGCCGUCUCUUCAUGUCGAGAAUCAACCGCCCCCCGGUUUCCCUUUCUCGCGCUGUCUCCAACAUCAGCGAGGCACAGAAGGGCAAGACCGUCGUCGUUGUCGGCACUGUCACCGAUGACAACCGCCUUCUGACCGUCCCCAAGCUGUCGAUCGCCGCCCUUCGCUUCACCGCUACCGCUCGCGCUCGCAUCGAGAAGGCUGGUGGUGAAACUUUGACUCUGGAUCAGCUUGCUCUCCGCGCUCCUACCGGUGCCAACACCCUCCUUCUGCGUGGACCCAAGAACGCUCGUGAGGCCGUGAAGCACUUCGGCUUUGGUCCUCACACCGAUAAGAAGCCUUACGUGGGUAGCAAGGGCCGCAAGUUCGAGCGGGCUCGUGGUCGCAGAAGGUCCAAGGGUUUCAAGGUUUAA